AUGAGGAAGGAAAAUAUGGAUGACCUGGAAUCGAGAGCAAUAGAAAACAUCCACGAUUACCUGAAGGAAUGUCUGGACAGAAACAACUGCAAGGUUGAUCUGGCGGGGGCACGAGAAGAUAUAAAUGACGUCUCUCUGAUACACAGCUCGUUAAAAAAGUAUGUCGUGCGACUAGUCAACAUAAAUAAUUUCAUCAAGCAAGAAAAUUACUUUUUGAAAAAAAAAAAUGAGCAACUAAUUAAAAAAUGCAACGAAAGGGAUGCUUUCGAUUUUUACAAAAAUGAAAAAGGGACUCGCAGGGUGCAUAGAACUCAUGAGCCGAUCCAGACGCACGGGACGCAUGCCAUGUGCAUGAAUGAAAUGCACAAACUGAGUGACGAAAACGAGUUUAUAAAAUACAAAUAUGAACAAAUGCUUCGGGAAAACCUCUCCCUGAAUGAAAAUAACGCACAAAUGAACAACACCCUGCUAAACAUGCACAAACAUGAACCACACACAAAUGGGGAAAACAGAAAGGUGAAAAUAGAAAAUGCAUUUCUAAGUCAAAGCCCCAAUCAACUAUGGCCACAUCAAGAUGAAGGACGAAACAUCUUGGGGAGGAGAAAUGAAAUAGACGGGAACACACAACCAUCUCAGGUAAACUACAUGACGUUUGAACAAAAAAUAAAUAAAAUUCUCAAGUGUACAAGAAUUCUGGAAGAUAUUUUAUCCAUGCUUAAUAAAAAUUUUAAAUAUGAUGAACCACUUAUGUUCCAAAAGAAGAUGAAUCUGAUGGAAGUGGAAAAAGCAGAAUUAAUAAUGCAGAAUGAUUUUUUAAAAGAAAAAAUUUUACAAAUAGAAACCUUCAUUUUGAAUGAUCCUUUUUUAGUGGAAAAGUUUAACUUCUUCUACGAUUCCGCUUCCUUCAAUUUAGAUCCUUCGAUAAGGGAUAACCUCGAGUUGUACAAAAAUAAUAGUACAAAAAUGAUGUUCCAUAAAUUACGCCGCUCGCAAAGUACAAAUGCAGAUCUGAAACAACAGUUAUCAAGUGAAAAGAAGAAAUCUCUUAUUUACCGAACGUACAUGUAUGACAUGAGGGAAAAAUUAAAGGAUCACCUAAGUGAACUGCUCAAAUUGAACAAAGACCAAAAUAUGAACUACUAUAAUUUGCAUCAAUGCAAUGAUUCGAUCCACCAUUUUAGUGAAAACGGGAGUUCAGUCCCGUGGAAAAUGUUCUAUGAUCAUAGAAAUAAUCAGGAAGAAGACGAACUUUCAAGGAGGGAACACCCAGAAUAUUACAACUAUCUGUCUGAUUUGAGUACACCAAAUUUUUAUCGCUUGUUUAAAAUUAAUAGCUCCAAAAUUGACCAUAAUGAGAAAAGAUUGACCCAAUCGUGGAACCGGAUUAGGGAGCUGAACCAGGACGCCCGUUGCUUCCAGAAGAGGAGAUUUGAACAGAUUUGCAGACAAUACGAAGACGAUGCCAUUCUGGCCGAGCUAGAAAAUGACAUGCAAAAUGAAGUAUACUACUUUAGAAUAAAAAAAUUAAUAAGCAUGAGGAAGAAGGAAUUGGAUGGAAUGCUACAAUCGGGAAGACGCCAACUGGCUAGCCAAAAACGAAAGGACAGCAGCAAAUUGAGGAAUGAAAUGUACUUAAAUCGUAUGGAAUACAAGGAGGCACUGCGUAAAUGGUUAAGAAGUAAGGAAAAGACAUUACACACAAGUGACAAUCAUAGGAACACCCACCUCAAGGAUGACCUCCCCAGUGGGAACAGAAAUAUUGACCAAUUGAACCUCUACAUUAAGCGAAAAAUCAGUUAUCAGUUCGUAAAAUACAAACACAUCUACGAGUAUUUCGUACAAAAUAAAGGUGUUUGUAAAAAACAGAUAAGCAAAGAAAAAUUCAUUAAUUUUUUUAACAAGCAUAUUCUGCAUUUGCAAAAUUGUGACACUGCACAGUGCAGUUAUAGGGGGACUCCUGGCGAUGGAGAAAGGAGGAUCAUUAAAUCAUGCCAGAAGGGGAAAGUCUCCCAUAACGAUGAAUCCAACAAAAAAAGGGGAAGUGCUUAUGUGGAGGAGGACAAUACUCAGUAUCAUGACGUUACACUAGAGGAUCAUGGAAGGAGGGGUAGUCACCAUUCUGAGGAGAGCACCCUGAGGAGUUAUCGCCCCCGUGUGGAGCCGAUCGAAGCCGCAGGAAGGAAGAAGGGAGAUGCUAAAAGGGAAAAACAGAGGGAAGCCAAAGGAAGAAAACAGCGGGAAAUAAAAGCAGUGGAGGAGAAGCAAAGGAAAAUAGAAGCAGAAAUGGUGAGACAGAGAAAAAUGGAAAAAGAAAAGCAAAGAAAAAUGGAAAAAGAAAAGCACAGAAAAAUGGAGAAAAAGAAGCAAAGAAAAAUGGAGAAAAGAAAGCAGAGGGAAAUGGAGAAAGAUAAACAAAGGGAAGAAGAACGAGCGAGCAAUGUGGACAGAGAUCCACCCCACACUGAGAAACAAGCGGGCGAGGAGGAGAACCAUGACAAGAGCAACAUCCAUAUCGAACCCAGUAGUGAUAAUAGCCAAGAGGAAAAAAUGGGAAGAGAAAAUUUAAAAAAAAAUGACCAAAUGUCAGAAAAAUUCUACAUGCCUGAAGAGCAUCCCAGGAGACAUGACUCCUCCCUAGAGGCGUUAAUAAAUACUAUUAAAAAUAUAAAUAAAAAUAAAAUACAGGAAAAUAUGACCAGUAAAAGUAUAGAAGAUUUGUUUACUUCUACCAAUUCGAUGGAUGAAAGGGAUCAAAGCAGUCUUAUCGAGGAGUCCCCUCAAAAGGAGAGAAGAGCAUCGAAUUUUAGUAAAAAGGAUAGCAGCCAACGUAUAGUAGAGUCCAUGAAAUCGAGUAAGUCAUUGGAUGUAGAACCAAUCGAAGGGGAAAUAAACAAAGGUGAAGGAGGAGCAAGUGAUCUUGAAGAAUUUAGUUUCGACCACGUCAAAUCAGAUACUUCCAACUCAGUUGAUGAGGAAGACGAGAAGAAGAGCCAAUUUUCUAAUUUAUCAAUUGAACCGGAGAAGGAGGAUCACAUCGGGGGAGAAGAUAAUCCAGAAAGGGUUGUCAAUCGGGGUGAAUGGGAAAAUCACGUAGGUGCCACGGCGCAGGUUCCAGCAAGACUAAGCGUUAAGCAGAAGACUAUCGUUGGCGGAUCGGUCCCCCUAGACGAAAUUAAGAGAGUAAACACCAUGAGGGGUGUAGGCGUGUCAGAAUUAAUACACCCGGAGGAGGAUGCGCAAAAGGAGGAAUUCGAAAGUGGACCGGGAAAAGAUAGCCAUGAAGGGGAGCUACGAAAGGAUGAUGUUUUAGAUGAACCUAAUAGAGACUCCGACCAAAAUGAACUUCCCCCAAAUGUUGAUCAGAGUGAAAUCCCUCCAAACGUUGAUCAGGGUGCGUCUCCCCCAGACGAAGAAAUCAUGCACAGUAUCCGAGCAACGGACAAGAGAGAGAAACCACCCCCUAAACCCUUCUACAAUGAGAACUUUCUCGAAUCCGGUAGCGAAUACUCUGAACAUGAUCUCUUCGACAACAGCAAAUAUGCUAAUGUAAAAAUUCAGGCGUUCAGACAAAUGCUUCAUCUGCACGAUAAGAACGUAUACACCUUUUUCAUGAAUCUAAUUGUGCAUAGCAAGAUUAACCUAGUGAGAGAUUACAAAAAUAAGGUUUUCAACGCGAAGGUAAUGGCAGGAGAUAUAUUAGAGUACCUUUUAAAAAACUACUUCGAAGCGGAUAAGUCUAGUGUCAAGGGGGAAGUGAGAAAAGAAGGUUCACACAUGCAAGGACACCUAACCGAAGUGGAAUUAAAACACAUUAACGAGUACAUAUGCAACAACAGCAAUAGCUCUUCUCUAAAAACACUAUAUCAUAAGAUUCUCUUUCUGAAUAAUGAAAAUUACGAAAGUUUCAAAAAUCGUCUGUUGGAAGGUGGAGUGAUAAACCUAAUUAACCUUUUCCAGGAUGAAGACAUUAGCAACUUUGACAAAAUAUUCGACGUUUCUUUUGUUAACUUCUGUGAUAUUGUGGGAAUAUCGAAGGAUACAUGCACAUACCAUUUUAACCGUAUGGACAAAAACUACAAAGGGAAGAGAUACAUUUAUUUGAGGCACAUAUUUCGUUAUCUGGAGGUGGAAAGAGACAUGAAAGAGGAGUUACACAAAUACAACUUCAUUUCCAUGCAGAAAAAAAAUUUAAUUUAUAUUCAUAUUAGCGAAUCUUUUGAUAACGUAAAUGAGUUUUUCAAAUCUGUGGAGAAAAAAAAUAAGUUGUACAUCAGUGUGAACGAGUUUAUUUAUUUCUUUUCCGAAAAUGAGAAAAUGAGGGUGCACUCUUACACCCAGGAGGAUGUGAUCUCGUUGUAUUACUCUAUCCUCUUUUAUGUGUACUACACGAAUAAAAACAAGGUAUUACAGACGUUAGAAUUUUGUGGGGAGAAGAAGGGGGGAGAAGAAAAUGACCCUCAGAAGACGGGUCCAACUGGGCAAAAUGAUAAUAACAGGAAAGAGUCACCGGGGGCAAACACCUCUGUUGGUACAAAUCCACUUGUUAAGGAAAAUGCAGAAAACAGAUUAAUCCCGGAUGAUGGAUACAAUUAUGUUAAUCAAAAUUUGUCCCAGUACAAGGAGUAUUUUUCCCUGGACGAUUUUAAUUUUGCCAUCGAGCUGAAGGAUCUUUACUUUUACUUCGAGGGGUCUGAAUGCCCCUUUUCUAAAAUAAAAAGGAGGAUUGUGGAGAUUUACGGAUCAGUGAAAAAGGGAUUGAUAAUCAACCACGAGACAUGCAAUAACGAGAGGGAUACAGAUGACACGAGUAGCACCCAGAGCGAUAAAGACGAGAAAUCAGACCUCGAUUCGGACCUGCAGCUUGAUUCCUUCCAAUUGUUCAUGCGAAACAGGUACAGGUACAAGCACUGCGACCGGGUUUUUUUCCACGAACGAGAGGCAAAGAAGGGGAAACAGGAAAAAUCAGCCAAGGUGGGAAAAGUAACGAAAUUGGAUGGAGAAGACAAAGCUGACUCACUACAGGAGGAAGGAACAGUUCCCCCAAUAAGCAAAAAAACCUUCAUGUGCCUGAUGUACAACAUAGGGAUACAUGUGAACCACUGCUUAACCCUGUGGAAGAGCUUCGCCCCCUUUCUGGAGUAUGAAAAGUUGGACUACAAAAUAUUUUGCGGAUUUUUAAACGGGAAAAUAACCAUAGAGAGUCACGAAACGGAAGAAGGCAUCAAAGGAAUUAAAAACAAACUAAUAAACACCAAGGAAGAGAAGGAAGUGGACCCCAUGUGCAACUACAAGAACAGACUCGGGGGAACUAUCUGCCCUUGCUUACUAAGCAACUUAAACGAAAAGGAUUCAACACAGCCGCUGACGAUUGACGAAAUAGAGGUUCUGGUACAAGUGUUGAAUCAUGUCACCCCGUUUAAUUUUUUGGACAAAAAUGAAAAAAAAAAUUUCAUACAAAAUUUAAAAAAAGAAUGUUUUAAAAAGGGCUACGAUUUUAUCUCCCUAAUGGGGAGAGAUGUAAAAAUUGGAGAAAAAGAGGAAAUAUCCAAAGGGGAAGCAACGGGCAAUUUCUACCAAAACAACACCAUCUUUAUCCUGUUGAAUGGAAUUUUAAGACACACCACAAAGGCUAACUCCUUCAUAAACAGCAUCAACGUGAUUGACAGGGUCAACAUGCACUCCUACACGGCACACACAAAUGUAGCCUUGAUUGAGGUAAAUAAGGAGCUAUACACGAAGGACUUCAUAAAUCUAGUGGAACAGAAAAGAGAAGUUUCGGAAGAAUUUAUGACGAUUAUCAAUGAUAUACCAAUUUUAAAAAAUUUCCCAGAUGCCAUAAAAAAUAGCCUAUCCAUGAAUGUUCAAAAAUGUAAAUAUAAAAAAAAAAAAGUUAUCAUAAGACAACAUGAUGAUCCUACUCACUUUUACAUACUGAAAGAAGGGGAAAUACAUUUUUACUGUAAUGGUGUGAUGAGCACCCCUGUGAAGGUCAUUUCUAGAUGCUCAUUUUUUGGGGAAGUAUCUCUCAUAUUUAAUACUCUGAGAACGUGUGACGCGGUGGUGGAGUCGGAUGUAGCUCACUGCUAUUGUAUUUCGAAGGAGUAUUUUCUUUCCCUCUUGAAUAAAGAAAUUGUGAAAGAAUUCGUGGAAUAUUUCCGAACCCAUUACACGGAGGGUAUUCAGCACAUCAUUAAGAAUUACUCAAGUGGAAACAUAGGAGCGGAAGGAACUCCUUUUGAGGAAGACAACAAUGGAGGGAAUCACCCCAAAGGAGCAAACAUCCUGCAGAAGGUACCCUCGGAUGGAGGGGAAAUUCCAAUUGAUAUCAAAAAAUCAAGUUCGAGGAUAUACACAAAGCAGCUCUCCACAAUUGGUACCCUAAGUAGAAAGUUCUCCUCAGUAGCCUUGUCAGCAGACAACAUCACGCUGGACGUGGAAUACAUCAACCAAAGCAACAUCGGCUCAUUCUACAGUGACUUGGAUAAAAUUCUGCUGAAAUUUUUCAACACAGAACAGAAAUAUUUUGUGGAAGAAAUGGAAUCCCACUUGAUGAAAGUUAAGGUAUUAAAAGAUGUACUAAACAAAAUGAAGGAUAAAAAAGCAUUUCUUAAGCAUCUGAAAUGGGAAAAAUGUCCUAAGGGGAAACACAUAAUAUUGGAAGGAGAUUUCUUCGACAAAUUUUACUUUGUUAAAGAAGGAGAAAUAUCCGUACAACAAUUUAAUCAGUACAAAAAUGUGUAUGAGGAAAUAUCCACCGUGAAGAAGAAUCAAUACUUUGGUCAUCAGUUAAUUAUGGAUAGGACAAAGUCUUCUUUCAUUGCGGUGGCUUCCGUGGAUACAGAACUGUACACGUUAGAGGCAUCCUUGUAUGAGCAAUUCCUUGCCCCCUUUAUCGACACGCUGAAUAAAAAAAGUGAUAUUAACCACACGGAUGAGCUAACAGAGAGUAUAAACAACCGCGUGAUGAUGAUGAAGAAGGACGACGAAUUUGUAAUAAAAGUAAUAAGAAUCCUAAAGAAGGUAAGUGUAGUUCAGAAGUUAAAUGACGACCAGAUGUACAAUGGUGCCAAACAUUUCAAUUUUAAAUUCUUCAGAAAAGGAGCAGUCAUAAUAAGGAAUAACGACCACCCUGACCAUUUUUACAUAAUCAAAAAGGGAAUUGUUUCCGUUAAAGUGGACGACAAAGAGGUGGAAGAUGUUGUUAAUCAAAUGAACAAUGUACACAGUACGGAUAACCAACAGGAGGACCGAUCUACACUUACAAAUGGAAGGAAAAAAUCAGUGUACUUGUACAAGUAUGACUACUUUGGAGAAUUAUCUAUUAUAAAUAAUCAGCUAAGAACUGCCACCUGUGAAGCUCACACAAAUUGCUACCUACUAGCCAUUGACAAGCUUUCCUUUAUUGAACACUUUGGAAUAAUAUUUAAUGAACUGUUGCAGGAAGCAGACAUAAGAUACACGAAAAAUUACACCCUACCGCCGUGGCUCAAGUCCAUGUAUGGUAAUGGUGAGAUUAAUGAAGAAUUUCACUCUGUGUCGAUGAAGAUCCCCGAACUGGGGAGCUCCCUCAGUAGCAUUUCGGAUGAUAGCAACGAGAUGUUCAGUUUCGAGAAGGAGAUAAAUGCCAAGCUAAAGAGGGAGAAGCGCAACAAGAGGAAAGGACGGGGAAAGCUAAAAGACCAUAACGCAUAUAAUGCAAAUGACGAAAACAACGCAGAUGAUGCAAAGAACGAAGACAUGGAUGAUGACCCCCUUGCGGAAAGUGAAAACGAUGUUGAACACGCCACAUCCCAAAACCUCUCCACCAAGCGCAGCCUAAGCAUUGUGAACAACGAAGACAAGAUUAAAAAAAUUAAGGAAGAGAAGAGGCAAAAAAUGGAAGAAAUUAAGCAGAAAGAAUUGAAAGUCUUCGAACGGAUAAAGCAGAAGGAAGAGAGAAAAAUCAAAGCCUUGAUGAAGAAAAAGGGAAUAUUAAUCCCCGGAAAUGUCGCAAAGAAAGAAAUAAUCCUUGCUCAACCUAGCAGCAAUACGAGGGGUGAUCAGGAAGAGGGAGGCGCAUCGGAGAAAGAGGAUGAGACAAAAAUGAUAAGCGUAAACCCUGAAUCAAAAGAGAAGGAAAAACAGAACCAAACGAAAGAUAAUAAGGAAGCAAACUCCAUUCAACAUAAAUCAUCGAGCAUUUUAAAAAAAAAAAUGAGUCCAGCUAACUCUUCCGAACUGAAGAUAGACAAAAUGGUGAAGAAGCUCCUGGGGGUUAUCUGCUCAGAAUACAAUUCCAUUUUUCAUUUUUACGAAUGUAUAGACAAGUUCAACACUGGAUAUAUAAAAUACAACGACUUUGUAAAUUUUAUCAUGUCCCAACAUUUGGAGGAGUUAUUCGAAGGCAGAGACAAUAUGGAAAGUUUGUUCAAGUACCUCUGUGAUGAAAAGAGCAUCUUAACAUUAACACAGUUUUACAUAAGUAUGUACAAAGAUAAGCAAAUCGACAUGUACUCACUAAACUUACGUCUGUGCGAAGUUUAUGGAAGCAGUUUGUUAGCGUUUAAGAAGAUAGUUCCUCAGUUCAACACACAGGAUGAUAGUCUUUGUAGCUUUUCCAACUUUGAAUUAGUGUGUGAUAGCGUAGGAAUCAGCAAAAGUAAUAUAAAAAAUAUAUGGGAUGAGAUUAACAUAAUGAAUGAGGAGCAGAUUCCCCUAGAAAUUGUAUUUAGCAUUCUGAAUGGAGAAGUUUCCGUGGAACAAGCCUACAUAACUUACAAUGAGAAAAAGUCGCUACUAAAUCAGGUGGUUCACUUUUUCCAAGGCAAUGAAGAAGACAUAACAAAAAUGAGUACCCAAGUUUUGGAAACAACUUUUAAAAUAAAUUACGAAGAACCAAUAAUAAUCAAUAAAUGUCAUCAUAAAUCCUGUUCUAAGGAAUGUCAAGAGUUGGUAAAAUUGUUGCAGUCUGAUAUACAUUUUAAAUACUUAACAAUGGACCAGAGAAUAUUCUUUUCCACAUUAAUGAAUCGGAAGGUUAUGAAUUCGGGAGAUGUGCUAACCAACCAAGGGGAUUAUGAUGCGCCUAUUAUAUUCCUCUACCAAGGGACUGCCAACAUAAUUAGCCAGAACAUUUUUGGAAUUGAAACUGUCAUUAGAGAGAUUGAAAAUUAUGAGCUCUAUGGCUGUUAUGAAGCUAUUGAAGGAACACCGGCAGAUUAUCAAGUAAAAAUAACCUCCGAUAAUUCUGUCGUCUGGAUCCUAGACAGAUCAUCCUAUAGAGAUAACUUAAAAGACAUGCUAGAAGAAAGAAAACAAAACUGCUUACAUAUUUUUGCCUUACUUAAAAAUGUACCUAUUUUGAGAUACUUCCCAGAGGAAACACUCCACAAUCUUUCCUACGCAAUGAAGGUUGAACAUUAUCAGCCUAACCAUACAAUCAUAAAGGAGAACACACAUGAUGAUAAGUUUUACAUCAUAUGUAAAGGUCUAGCAACUGUUGAAAAAAAUUCCGAAAUUAAUAAGAACAGACUUAUUCUGUCGACCCUUCGAAGAGCAGAUUACUUUGGAGAAAUGGCCCUAAUAAAAAAUAUCAGACGAACUGCGAAUGUCGUUUUAGACACGCAAACAAUUUUGUUAUCUCUUGUUGAUGUUGAAUUCCAUAGAUUGUUAACUCCCUACUUUGAUCAAUUUUUAAACAGAGCUAAAGCGAACUAUAAGAAAUUACACCUGAACAUUGAACUCGUCCCCGCGGAAAUUGCGAAAAUUAGCAGCAACCCCAAUAUUGGGAAUGUUUCCUUAGGGAGAGGCGCAAAGAAAAAGGUAACCAUACAAGGAUUUGACGAGGGGGACAGUCCGGUGGAAGAUCCAUGGGGUAAGAAAAAGGGCGAAGUCAGCUUCGUACAAUCUGCCGAGGAAACACCACCACUGGACGGGGAAGCAACACAGCGAAGCAGGGACAAUCAAGAGGGGGAUAGAAAAAAGGGAGAUCACAACAAGCACAGUGGCAAGGCUAAAGAUAAGGGGAUGAGUAGAACUAAGAAGGGGAAAGAGCACCGUUUGCAGAGGAGGCAUGAAGAAGGGGCAGAGGGUACUGAAAAGAAGAGAGAGAGAAAAAAAAAAAUGCACACACAUGAGGAAGUUCCAAGAUGA